ACGCCCCUUGUGUCUUAUAAUUUAACAUGUUAACAUUUCAUAGGAUCGACACAUUACGCAAUGUAUAUAUAAUAUUUAUGUUCUAUAUCGUUAUAUUACAUUAUAAUAUUCCUAAACAUGUUCCUUUUAAAUGUUUUAAAACAUGCAUAUCUGAGACACGUACCAAUAUCUCACGAACUCAAAACUGGAUGAGACAGUGCUUGCUCUGAUAUAAUACGUGUUUUGCUAAGAUCUAGAAGUUUCAUUAAACGAUUGUAUGCUUCCUUGGGGUAUUCGAUUUCGAUAUCUGGCGGUGCUUUAAGUUUUAUAAUAAUUUUGAGACAUCAUAAAAUAAGGAAUUGUACAUUGUACAUUGUUGAAGCAAUAAGGAGGAAAAUUAGAUAUAAAGCAAAUGUCAACAUUGUCAACUCGAACGAAAGAGCAGUUGCAGUUAGCAGCCGUGUUCAUGCUCGUGUAGACCCCGACGACCCCGUCCCGGGUCCCGGUCCCCGGUCCGUUCAGUCCGUUGUCCGUUUAGCGUAGCGGAUAGCGGUGGCGCCUCUUUUACGUGUUAAAUUAUCUCGAUCGCACUUUUAUCACCUAUAUCUUUCACUGAACACUGAAAAAUCACGGAUUGCGUUGUAAGAUUUCGAAAUUUUGCGAAGAAUGGCCAAGAGUCGCGAUAAUCGCAAUCGCGUAGAUCACACGAGGCAAACAACGAUACGGUUAUUCGAAGACCAAGAUCGCGAACACGACAUCGUCGCGGAAGUUGGACGAACAACUCCACGGAACGGGGUAUGGGCGAGUUCCUUGCUUCUCUCUUUAACACCCCAAUUGUUUGUAACUUCCCCGACAACAACAAUAAGAGCCACGCCUGUACCUCCGAACGCUCCCGUCAAACUAAGGAAGCCUUUCUCCAAAGAGGGUUUAAAACCUAAAAAGCUUCGUUUUACGGACAAAGAUAAGGACGGAACGGAGGACGAAAACUAUUCUAAGAAAAGCGCAGAUUUUUUUAUAAAAAUGUCUAAACAGAAAGCAGAAUUUCCCAAGCGACAGGGCAAAUUGAAAGCAAGAUUAGAUUGCGAUAUGCAAGAUAGCUUGAGUGCUAUGUUGCAAAAUGUACGAUUUGAAUUGGACAAUAAGAAGAAUAUGCGAUAUGGACAAGGACAAUAUGAGAAAAGAGCGAAAAAUAACAAAGAUUCUUCGCAAUCGUCAAAAUUAAACUGCAGUCCGAAAGAUAAAACUAUCGCCUCCUGUUCCGUACCGCAAGUGCCAAUUCCGAUGAAAAUAAAGACAGAUUUAAUAGAAAAUAAAUAUAAUGCCGGAAGUCUUGUAUGGGGUCUCGUGGAUGGUUAUCCAUGGUGGCCCGCAAUUGUAGAUGAUUGGAUUGAGACUUUACAGUUUUAUGAAUUAAAAGAAUCAUCAAUAAUUCCUGUAAAAUACCAUGUAACCUUCUUUAAAGAUAAUCUUCAUUGUGAGUGGCUUAAUCGAAAAACUAUCAAACCUUUUAUAAAAUUUAAAAAGAGCACGCUUGUGAGAAAGCAAAAUAAAUUCAAUGAAAUAAAUCAUAAAAAAUCGCUGGAAAAAGCUUAUGCCUUAGCACAAAGCGCGAUUCCAUUAUCGAUAUCCGAGAGGUUACAAAGAUUUAGUUCUUUUUCGCGCAUAAGAAAUUUGCAAGGAUCUGUGAUUCAAUCGUACGAAGAGCAGGAUGAUGAAAUUUCUUCCACACCAACCGAGUCAACUGAACAUAUUACCUUAAAAGAAUUUUAUCUUAAAAUUGAUAAGAAACGUGUAGAACAGAGGGCGAAACUUGAACACGAAUUGCUCAAAGCACAUCACAAUUGUUAUUGCAAAUAA